UCACUUCGCUCACUUCCCCGGCCCAGCGCGGCGCCCGCCGCCCGCUUCCCUCGCACCCGCGGCCGCCCCGCGCCCGCCCCGCGCGCCGGGCAUGUGAGCGCGGGCGGGCGCCGCCACCAUGGCCUCGCUGCCGCUCCCGCGCCCGCUGCUGCUGCUGCUGCUGCCGCCGCUGCUGCUGCUGCUGCUGUUGCCGCCGCCGCCGGCCGCCCCCGGGACCCGCGGCCGGACGCCCUCGCCGGCCCGCCGCGCGCCGAGAGGGGCGCCCCUCGCAGGAGCGGGGCCGGCACGGCCGCUCGAGCCCGGCCCCGAGCGCGAGCUGCCACCGCCGCCGCCGCCCUCGCCGCCCCGGGAGCGCCGCGGGCCCGCGCCCCCCGGCCCCAGCCGCACGGCCCCCGGGCCGGCCGCCGUCACACGCAGGGGACCCUCGCGCCGGGCCCCCCGAGGCGGGAGCGCGGCUGCUGAAAGAAACAGUUGGCCAGAAAGUAACACUGAAUCCCACAUAGAAAACGUCACCUUUGAUCAGAACCAAAUGGACUUUUCCACAGUGGUCUCCAAGGAGGGUGUGAGGACUCAGACCCCCAGAAAGAACCACACUUCUUCAGAUGCUCCAGAAAACUUUGCUCCACAAACUGAAGCAGCAGAUGCUGGAGGAAGAAACGACUCUUCCGGGAAGACAAAUUUCACCAUUUCCCCCAUCGGGGCUGACACGGCAACAGCUCUGACUUCCCAGAGCAUCACCAUAGCUUUGGGAAUGCCUCACUUGCCAUCCAGCUCAAGGUCCGAAGGAAGAACUGCCCCUUCGCACACGGAGAGCACAACAUCCCCGGGUUCCCUGGCGAGAGGAAAGGGGCUCCCAGAAGAAGUGACCGUGCACAGCCAAGUGGCUGCUACUUGGGUGUUAGGCCAGUCCCCUCUUCCUGCUCUGGAGGUAGGAGAAGGGAAGAGAAACGCCUCAGGACCGGCGUUCUCCUGGCUGCCUUUCUCCAGGACACCGGCUUACUCCCCUCCCUCAGAGCCCUCCUCGGCUUCUGGAAGCACAGAGGUGCUAAACAACUCCACUGUUCUCCCAAGUGCCUUGGCGAGUCGGACAGAGGGUGUGCAUGUUGCCACCACGCUCCCCAGUGGUGUCCCAGGGAUGCUCCAGUCCUUAACCAUCAGUCUGCGGCCUCUAAAUGAGACAGAGAGUUUCCUCAAGGACUCGGAAAUUGCCCGGACUUCAGUAUCAGCCCAUUCUUCACACUUCGAGGCAGGGUUGCAAAGAAAUAGUGAAGUAAUCAGGAAUCCGGGGGAUGGGGGAUUCAUCGAGCCGUCCACAGAAAAUGGAUUUGGCCUUACAUCUUCCACGGUCUCUGUGGGAUUCUGGCAAAAUGAUUCCCCAACCUGGGGAGGAGACCAGCUUGCCAGCAGCUUGGAGGCAGAGCAUGGAAGCCCUGUGUCUCGGACCGAGGCUGUGUCCGGGUCCGUCCCGUCGGGCAGGAGUGGAGAGAGCACGGCGCACUCGUUCUUGACCAACAGCAAGACCUUCGCAGAUGUGACAGGAAGCUCUACUUCCUAUCCUGAAGUUGUGCCUGCUUCAGUUUUGACCCACUUCCCAGCCUCUGCCCCCCAGGCUCGAGGAAGUGGCGGGGCGCUGGGCGGUAGGAGCUCCGCUGAGCCGGCCCCUGAGUCCUUGUCCUCACCCUCCUCCGAGAGCCUGGAUUCCUCGGCACCGCGUGGUGAACGCUCCACCACUGAAGAUGGUCCGGAGCCCGGAGGCAGUUCUGCUGUGGAAGAGAGGACUUCCCAGGCUCACCACCCGCACACUUCAGCUACUUUCACCGGGACUGGAGAGCGCACGCUGCGGUCUCUCACCAACACGAGCACACCCUCUGGGGAAGUGAGGCACUCUGCGGUCGUGCCCAGAGAAACCGAGAGCGCCACCCAGCGCGGGAACGUGACCGUGACCGGUGACGCCCACUUGGUCUCGGGCUCCCUGGUGGCCUCACCGUCCUUGGGAGUCACUGGAAUGAGCUACAAUCAAGUGCGUGGCACGGAUAUGGAACAGGGGACUUCCAGUGACUACACAGACCACACCUAUGUCUCAUCUACUUUCACCAAAGGAGAACGGGCAUUGCUUUCCAUUGUAGACAACAGUUCAUCCCCGGACUUAAGGGAGAGCUCUACCUCUUCUACUAAGAUCUCAAACUCUUCACAUUCAGACUAUUCUUCCUCUUCUCAGGCUCAGGCUCAGACUGAAGGAAGUAAUGUGUCAUCCUAUGAGAGGGAGUAUGCCCAGCCUUCCACUGUGUCGCUGGCUCUGCGCACAGCCAACGUUCCCUCCUACGCACCCACCAUUAACAUGCCCAACACUUUGGUUCUUCUGGACACCGAUGCUGCAUCGAUUGGUGACUCUUCUUCUUCUUCAGGGCCCCCUUUGCCCCUGCCCUCAGAGUCCCAGUCCCACCAGUCAUUCUCAUCAAGCUCACCCUCAACUGGGGCCUCUACUCUUCCACUGCAGUCCACUCCCGAUGCGCCCACACCCGUGUCUUCCUCACCACCACCCUUACCAGGGUCCCUGACAGCAUCUACCCCUGCCUCACCCUCUGCCUCCCAAACAACCCUACCACCUUCACUUUCUACCCUGGUCCUGCCCAGGGCAAGAGACACCCCUGUGACUUCAGUUCAGACGGAGACAAUGGCAUUAUCUGUGGCAAUGCUCCCCAGCAGUCAAACAGCAGAUCCUAAGAACCAGAGUAACCCACACCAUGAGAAAGUCAUUACAGAAUCAAAGCCACCAAGGCCGGAGUCUCUGCCCACAGAGGCCCCUGAAGCUAUAACAGUGAGAUCUACGUCAGGGAUCCCUAUGCCCUCGACCUUAACAGAGUCCUCCACUCAGCAAGCCCUUCCAGCCAUGGGCACCAGCGUACCCCAAACGUCUCCAGCUUUGUCAACCACCGUCUUCGAGACCUCUCAUCCCUUCAGCCCUGUGCCAACCACAGCAGCUCCCAUGGCUGACCCCACAACAGCACAGACUACAGCUGAAAAACAGCUCUUGCCAACCAGCCCUGAAAUCCCAGCACCACGGAUCUCCACAGAAAGCUCCGUCACCACAGAAAGGAGCCAAGUCCAUGGAGAUGCUACCAGCCAGUUGAUCCCCCUGACCAGUGUACCCACGUUAGCGAAAGGAUUGACCCCAGGACUUGACAUGACAGAGGAGUACAGCCCAGCUUCACACUUCCUCGGAACAUCUCCUCCCCCAACCACAGGCGUUUCCACGGCUGAAGUACUGACUCCUAAAUCUACCACCGUCGCUGCCCAGAGCAGCACGCAGUCGCCAAAAGCAUUGUCCUCUCCAGCCUCAGUUAACAGCUGUACCACUAACCCUUGUCUUCACGACGGGAAAUGCGUUGUGGACCCCACCGGCCAUGGGUAUGGAUGUGUGUGCUCACCCUCCUGGCAAGGUGAUGACUGCAGCGUGGAUGUGAAUGAAUGCCUCUUGAACCCCUGCCCACCCCUGGCCACGUGCAACAAUACUCAGGGAUCCUUCACCUGCAAAUGCCCGGUUGGCUACCAGAUGGAAAAAGGAAUAUGCAAUUUGGUUAGAACCUUCGUGACAGAGUUCAAAUUAAAGAAAACAUUUCUCAAUACCACCAUGGAGAAACAGGCAGACCUACGUGAAGUUGAAAAUGAGAUCACCAAAACAUUAAAUAUGUGUUUUUCAACGUUACCUGGUUAUACCCGAUCCACAGUUCAUGCUUCUAGGGAGUCCAAUGCAGUGGUCAUGUCACUGCAAACCACCUUCUCCUUGGCCUCCAACGUGACGCUGUUUGACCUGGCUGACGGGAUGCAGAAAUGUGUCAACUCCUGUAGGUCCUCUGCUGAGGUCUGCCAGCUCUUGGGAUCUCAGAGGCGGAUCUUUAAAGCGGGCAGCUUGUGCAAGCGGAAGACUCCGGAAUGUGACAAGGAGACCUCCAUCUGCACCGACCUGGACGGGGUCGCCCUGUGCCAGUGCAAGUCGGGCUACUUCCAGUUCAACAAGAUGGACCACUCCUGCCGAGCAUGUGAAGAUGGAUAUAGACUCGAAAAUGAAACCUGUAUGAGUUGCCCAUUUGGGCUUGGUGGUCUCAACUGUGGAAACCCUUAUCAGCUGAUCACCGUGGUGAUCGCAGCAGCAGGAGGUGGGCUGCUUCUUAUUCUAGGCAUCGCGCUGAUUGUUACCUGCUGCCGAAAGAGUAAAAAUGACAUAAGCAAACUCAUCUUCAAAAGUGGAGAUUUCCAAAUGUCCCCAUAUGCUGAGUACCCCAAAAACCCUCGCUCCCAAGAAUGGGGCCGAGAAGCUAUUGAAAUGCAUGAGAACGGAAGUACCAAAAACCUCCUCCAGAUGACGGAUGUAUAUUACUCGCCCACAAGUGUAAGGAAUCCUGAACUUGAACGCAAUGGACUCUACCCGGCCUACACUGGACUGCCGGGGUCACGGCACUCGUGCAUUUUCCCUGGACAGUAUAACCCAUCUUUCAUCAGUGAUGAGAGCAGGAGAAGAGACUACUUCUAAGUGUGGAAGAGAGAGGGAGGGCCCAGCACUCUGAGCAAGCCCAUGACCACGCCACCAGACGUGAGUCUCAGCCCACUCAGAGGACUGCAGCAGGGGGGAGCGUGCUCACCGGCUGCCCCCAGGACUCUUGGAGCCACACUCCAGUGGCAAGCGGGAAGCGGGACAGGCGUGAGGGGCAUGACCGCAGGGGAAGGGCACAGAUGGAUCUGGGACGUGGAACUGAGGGCUGCUCCUUGGGCACCUUCGCCCUUAACUGUGAACAUGAACGUGGGCCAGUACCGGGAGUCUCUGAGUGCCAAAGCCGCCCCCGGCCACUGGCCAUGGGCUGACUCGUAGCCAGGGCAAGUCGUCAGGCGCCUUCGCCAGGACCCAGUGUUUCCUUAGUUUGCACUUUAGUAAAUUGGAUAGGGAGGUCUCCUUUCAGAUUUUUUCCAAGACUGUUCCAAAAAGAAGGCCUCUUUUCCUGAGACACUGCCAUAGGCCUCGAUCUGGUGAUUAAUUUACCGCAAAAUACAGGCUCUUUCGUUGUUUUCCUGCCCGGUAUCUCCGUGCUAAACAACAGAUGAUGAUGAUGAACAUACCACUGAGGUUUGGAGAUGCUGCAGGUGAGCAUACAGUACUCCAUUUUUUAGUCAAGGUGACAUUUAUUUAAGAUUAUUUUUUCCCUCUGCAGUUAAUUCUCACUUUUUCAAGUAAGUCUGCAUCAGGGCAAAACAAGUUGCAUUUGCUUUUAAUCAGAGGCCUCCCACUGCCCGUAGUGAGGCCGGGCAGGCAGCGCCAGGCUCGGGGCCCUGCGGGGAGAAGGCCCAGAGGGUCAUAGAGCCGCAGGCCGUGGGGCGCUUCUCAUCCCUGAGGGCAUCGCCCAGUGCCGGUCCCGGGGAGUCUGACCCCCCCUCUGAGGCCGAAGCUGCUGUGUCUGUGCAGUAGAAACGGGAAGCUGAAUGCAGACUGGGCCUGAGCAGGUAUUCCGCCACUGAAGGAGAAGCAGCGGAUUGUGGCUAGAGGACUGGGCUGACCCGGCACAUUCCGCUUCCUGAAACCCCCGCGCUUUGGGAAGCCGUGUGGGUUCCUGAGGAAGACCUGAGAGCUGGGACAGAGCCACACGUCCAUGAGUCUGCUUCCCUCCUGGGGCGGCUUCUGUGAUCCUAUCCCGCAUCUUGUCCACAAACUCAGUGUCCACUUUUCAACCAACGGCCCAGAGCUGUUUAUUCACUGAAGAAAUAACUUAUUUUCCCUCAUGCAGUAAUUUGUCCCCCUUUAUACUACUGCCGAGUUCCCUCCAGAAACAUAAUUUAACUCAGCAUUGGAGAACUAAAGACUUCCGGCCAGUUAAGGAGUUGAGAGUUUGCCUUUGGGAAGGAAAUGCCACAUGUCUUAUUUAUUAUGCCUGUGACAUGGGUCCUGUGGGGGUGGGGGGGGGCAUCCCCAGGGCACAGUGUCUUUACCUGCUACUUGUGGAACUGCGAUUAUUCCCGCCAUGUGCUUUUGACACAUCCUGGUUUGGGAUGAAGUAGAACACAGUGGUAAAGAAUUAUUCCCACCCUGAAGCUUGGAGCUCAGGGGCACCCACAUUCUGGAAGCAGUCUAGCCUUUGGGGACAGUUCUGUCCUGGGCGUGGUUGUUUCUUCAGAGUUCUCUUUUUAUCUCUUCAGAGUGUAUCUCACCCUUACUGUUAUGUAAUCCUCGUCCUUAGAAUUUUAAGUGUCAACUCCUGUGUCCCAUGGUCUCCACGAGCCACCAUCACCCUGCUGCAGCGGGAACACAAGUCAGGUGUGAUGCUUUUUAGUCAUUGCAUUGGACUCAUCUCCUGAGAUACAAAUUCUGUUUUUGUCAGCGGAUGCCAACUUCAAAUUUCAGAGCAUCACCUUUCUGAAAUCUUUGGGUCUUGCAGCUCUCUGGGGAAGCAGACAGCCUCUGGUCUCACAUCUACCUGGAGAGCUCCAAGCUCCUGCCCUCCGCUCACCCUAGCCAACAGACUUGGCUCCCUCACGAGGUGGCCUCGCUUCCUGACUCUUGAUGCAGAUCCUUGCUCAUCCCCAGAACCCAGAGCCACGGUGGGGGGGCUAUUCCCAAGCAUACUCAGCUAAAGGUGUCAGAUGCUAUCUCAGCUGACAGAUCAUCUCCUGUGUCAGGACCAGAAGCUAUAAGCUACACAAAAGGAAGUGUGCUGUCUCAAAAGCAUUCUUGAGAAGAAUCCCAAAGUCCAGAAAAGAGUGUCUUGUGAGUUCCGAGAAUGCUUUCCUGUGAGUAGGUUUUGUGCAUGUGAAGUGGAUUAAGAAUGUUGUUUUUCUUUUACUGUGAAAAAGGGAGGCCCCCGACAAUGUUAGGUUCAAAUGUAUCUCACUUCUAGGAGGCUGUGGGGUUGGGAAACAGAUAUCUCAAGAGCAGGAGGGUCUAAGAAGGCAUGAAAACAGCAUGACCGUUACCCAGUUACACGUUAGCUGCCCACCCUGAAUGAGGAAGGGGGAGGCUGGCUGCACCCCUGUCUGGGGUUAAUACCUCCCAAAGGGCCCUGCCUGGGCUGAGGGCAAACAUCCAGGAGGACAGGAGCAGCCUCUGGACUGGAGGGACAGGGCUGGGUGCACCCCUGGGAAGCAGAAGCCCUCACUUCUGGCACAGGUGCUCCGUGUCAGCCCCUACACCUGGAAUGUGUGACUCGUGCCCACAGGAAUGCCACAGUCCUGCCUCGUUGGGGCCCCACGGCUAGGGAAAAGUGGAAGGGAAAAGGGACACUUAACUGCUCAUGAGAGGCUUCAACUUCUGGAGGGCCUGGCGGGGCCGAAAGGAAGCCAUGUGUCCUGUAGCAUGCGGCAGCACCACACCAUGACUCAGCAGAACGGGGUCACCUGCCAGCCUCCCGGCCACUGUGGGUUUUGUUUAAGCCCCAGGGAGUCUUCUUUCUCCUGUCGUUUCCUCUCGGCUCCACGAGCCAGCCCAGGGCCCUGAAGACCAUUGAUGAAGUCUACCUGUCAUGACCAGAAUCUCUGGUGUUCCCCCCCAUGACCAGGCUCUGUGCAGGGUCCUUGGCCUCACCACACCCUGGUGAAGUGUGCAUGCGAGUGUCCGUUUCUUGCACACGUGAACUCUCAGAGAGGAUGAAUAUCUUGCCUUAGAGAGCCAGGAUUCAAACGCUUCUCCCUUUCUUGCCUUCCUGGUGAAUGCCUCACCACCCGAAUAGACAUUACAUGUCAAAGAGGGCAGGAGAGAGUGGGCUUACAAUAUACUUUUUUUUUUUUAAGAACCUUAUUAUUAUUAAGCAUUAACUGAACUAAUGAUAUGAAAUGCAAAAAAAAAAAAAAAUCCUUUUUGAAAAGGUCCUUUUGGGUUCAUUGCAUAUAAUUGCAUCUAUUUCUUGGACACGUGAGGUCAUCAUUAAGAGAAGAGUGGCUUGUGUUUAGCGAGAAGUAUACUGGCACAUGGCUUUGGGUGUAGGAAGGGUGAGGUGAUGACCCGGGUUUUUGACAAACGCAGCCAGACUUAGAUGCCCAUCUGAGAGCUGCUUUGCCUUGUAUUGGAAGCAUAUUUUUGUGAACGUGAUCAGAGUCGUGAACAUAUUCAGUUGAAUGUCUUAAAUGCUGACAAAUCUUCCUCCUUUGACGAAAAUUUAUUUUCAGAAGCAGCUAAGUCAUUUAGAGCCAAAUUUGUUGAAUGGAUAGUGUGAUCAAGCUGGCUGCUAGCAUUUGGAAUUAUAAACAAAGAUGUGACUAUUAAGUUCUCAAAGAGGUAAUUCUUAAAGUUGGUCCCAGCAGAAGGGCAGCAUCUUUGUAGUACAAGGCUGGAUGGCUGCCCAAGAAAAUGUUUUUGAAGGAUGGUAUUUAUUCAGAUGUGGAAGUUCCCAGAGCAGGCACGUUAGGGUCAUUCCUCACAUGUGGCUUUUGUGGGGUCUCCAUGAAGCCAUCUUGCCCACUGGCCAAAUGCCCAGGUGCCUGGUAGGCUGGGGAACUUUGCCUGGAGAAGCUAAAGCUGAGCAUUCUAGUUGCUCCUGGCUUAGUUUAGCCUAGCACGCCCCAAAGUCGGGUUCUGACCCAUUGUUCUAAGAUACUUACUCUGAUUUCAAAACUAGGCACUUCUUUGGAUACAGGAAGAAUGCAAGGUUCAGUAUUUCAAUAUUUUCUGUCUUUUUUAAAACUGCCCUUAAUGUCAGAGAUAUUUUUUUUAUGUGAAGACUUUUUGGGGAUUAGAAGGGACAUGUCAUUUCCUCCUUCUCAACAAAACAUCAUUCUGAGGUUCUUGUGUGCAUUUUUGGAAACAGAUAGGGUUUUGUAGAGUUGUCUUUUGAGUAUGUGUUCUUUUUUUCUUUUUUGAAAUCCCCAGAGAAGGAGACUGGUUAAAAGACUAGAAAUAUUAAAGUAUUAAAUUCCAGUUAAUUUGUUGCGCUAAGGUAUCUUUUCAGCAGUGUUAUAAUCCAUCCUGUUUGGUAUCAACUGCUCACAAAAAAGCCUGUGAAAUUCAAGGGGACAAUUUAGGUCUAUAAAGAGAGAUCUUAACCAGCUUUGUCCCCUCCGCAUUUUUUAAGAGGACAUUUCAAAGGAUUUGCCUACUAGAUUCUGGUUUUAUCUUUUUUUUGGACAUGCAAUGCAGAUGCAGAGUUCUUGCCUAGGAAGGAUGGGACUGGACAGGGGUGGGAUGGAACCAGUCUAUCUGCGAAACUAACCCAGAUUUCUGUAUUACCUUGGCCUGUUUCUUCAAAAAAAGAAGGUCUUUCAUUAUGGGUUGUUGUGAGUUUUGUUAAUGUUUGUGUUGCUGGACUUAUGGUUAAAUGAAGCAUGUAGCUGGAAUAUGAGCUUCUUGAGUUUUCACAUUGUCCCAGAUUUCUUUUUGCAAACCUUUAAACCUUAGCCCCUGGUUGAUUGUGUUAAAACCAUUAUGAGAAUGUUAUUUAAAGUUGUAUUAUAAUUGCCACCUCCACUAAUUAUUCAGUACUGUAGCAGCAAAGUAUUAUUUGUAAGAAUUUGGUUAUUUUUAUACUUAUAUCUACUUUAAGUCUGGCGUUCUAGUCAGUAAAUGAUGCAAUAAAAUGAAUAUC